AUGACAAAAGAGAUGAGAAGACAGAUAAAGAACCACUUUCCAGUUGGCUUUGUACCAUUUGGAGGUAACUUUAAAGAUUUUAUCAAACCAUUUGUAGAGGAGUUAGACCUACUGCAGAAAGAAAUGUGGAUGAAAUGUGCAGAAGGAAAUAUAUAUGCUGGAGUUAAAAACCAUAAUGCAAACUUUGGCUGUUGUAUGUGCAAGGCUCCUAGAGGUGAUUCAACAAAUCCUGCUUUUGAUGUUCUUGCAAAUGGAUGGUAUCAUCAUCAGACUGAUUUAGAGAUUGCAGAAAUUAACAGUUUACAAGGCACUGCACGUAUCCAGAUGUCAAAACA